UACUCUCUUUUCAGAAACCCCAAUAUUCAUAGGAGCUCUUCAUUUUAGGGUUUUAGAUAGUGAAUGCGCACACAUAAUCCCUUGUCAGAUUUUCAUAAGUUUUGCAGAAAACCCUAAAAUUCUACAUACAAAUAUAAUAUGUAUAGAUGUAUACUUGAUUAAAAAUGGGCACAUUAUCAAGAAAAGAUCGAAAAAGGCGUGACCCAGAAUUCCAAUCAUCAUCAAGUUCUAAUCUUUCUCCCAUUUCAAAAAGACCCAAAUCAUCAUCUUCAGUAAAUCCAAAAAAAAAUGCAGCUUCAAGACUCGAACUUUAUCAAAAAAAUGUGACCCUAAUUGCUAGAGGCUUACAUGCUCCUUGUAGAUUUUUUAGAGGCUUUAUUGGAUUCAGUUUAGGAAUUUUUAGAAAAAAAUCUUGUUUUUUUAGUUAUGGUAAUCGAAAUGCUCUGUUUUCGGAGGCAAAAGAAUCAGGAAAUGCUAGUUGUUGUAAAAAUGUUGUUAAGAAUGAUGAUGAAAAUGUUGGUUCUGAGAGCUCGAGUUGUGAGGUUGUUGAAAUGGAGGAAGAUGGGAUGGAGAGUGUGCAGAAAUUAGAGGAGUUGGAUGAGAUAUUAGCGAAAAAAAAGGAAUUGGAUCAGAAGGUGUUGUUGGAUUCGUAUGAGGAUUUGGAAAAUGGGAAGAUGUUGGAGACGUUGUCAUUGAACCGGGGUUUGGAUGUUCUGGAUUUGGAUGUGGGUUUGCCUUUGUAUAAAAGGUUGAAGGAUGAGUCGGCUAAAAAACAUGAUCCUAGUUUAAGAAGCUUAAAGUUUGACAUUGAGCUACUGGAAGCGAAGUUAAAAAAACGACAGUCACGUCCUGCUAAGAAAAAAAAGGAUGUAGAAAAUGAACCUUUUAAGCCUCUUACGGAUGAGGAAGUGCAGAUGGUUGAUAAUGCGCUAGUUUAUUCCAAUAGAAGGAAGGCGUUGGUCACUCAUACAAAUUCAAAUAUAACAAUCACAGAGGAAGUUAUGCAAUGUUUGAGACCUCGGGCAUGGUUAAAUGAUGAGGUCAUCAAUGUGUAUCUUGAGUUGUUGAAAGAGAGGGAAAUCAGAGAGCCCAAAAAGUUUUUGAAGUGUCAUUUCUUUAACACCUUUUUCUACCAAAAGCUGAUGAAUGGAAGGACUGGCUAUGAUUAUCAGUCAGUUAGAAGAUGGACUACGCAGAAGAAGCUGGGAUAUUGUCUCCUUGAGUGUGACAAGAUAUUUGUCCCUAUCCACAAAGAAAUUCAUUGGUGUUUGGCUGUAAUCAAUAAAAAAGAACAAAAAUUUCAGUAUCUUGACUCGCUUGGAGGGGCUGACAAGAAAGUACUGGGAGCGUUGGCCAAGUACAUUACGGAUGAAGUCAAAGAUAAGACUGGGAAAAAUCUCGAUGUUACUUCCUGGGAACAAGAAUUAGUCACCGAUCUUCCUAAUCAAGAAAAUGGGUACGACUGUGGCAUGUUCAUGAUCAAAUAUGCAGACUUCUAUAGCAGAGACAUUGGACUAUGCUUCAGGCAGGAGCAUAUGCCAUAUUUUAGAUUGAGAACAGCCAAGGAGAUAUUGUGUUUGAGAGCCGAAUGAAAAUCAUGAUGUUAUGAUGCGUUCUAAGCAUGGUUUUUAACCAGAACUUCUGGAUAAGUUCCUAUACAGAUUCCCUAACUAUGUUGGUUCUUAUUUUGCGAGGAUGGUUUUGCAUUUACCAAAUCAACCAAGUGAUCCGUGAUCAGACCAGAAAUUGUUGGUCUUGUAGUUUAGGAAUGUAAUUUUCGUACUAGGAGUGCCAGUCAUUGGAGUAGAAAGCCUAUCUUUUUAUUGGCUUUUAUUUAUAAUUUUAUAUGUUGAUUGUCUAGUACAUUAUUUUACAUUUUUACCUUUCUUUUUAUUUAACUUUGCUUUUAGUUAUCCAGAUUGCACAAAUAUGGAUCUGAAGUAUUUUACCUUUCUCUC